UUAAUAACGUCUCUACCACAGGCUUUACGGUACCAACAUGGCCACUUGCUGAAGAGUAAACAAGCACGUUUACUCUCCUGUGCUUCAUGUAAACACUGGGAGACAAUGAUAUUUUUAAAUUGGACAUGUCCUCACUUUAAAAUGAAGCUGUCGCGAGUCGCAUUGGUUUUAUUAAGGGCACAUUACGUUUACCGGAGCCCGGGCUCACUGUCAUGUAGUGACCGGGCCAGAUAUGGACCUGUCCUCUUAAAAAACAACUUCUCUGUGUCUGCAGUCAAAAACAGCAGUGCACUUUUGUACAGAAACCAUGGGGACCCCUCACAAGUGGUUCAGUUGCAGUCAUUGGACCCGCCUCAUGUAAGUCCUGAAUGCGUCCUGGUGAAAAUUCUGGCAGCUCCCAUCAACCCCUCUGAUUUAAAUAUGAUUCAAGGCACAUACGCUAUCCUGCCUGACCUCCCAGCAGUGGGCGGAAAUGAGGGGGUGGGUCAGGUCAUGGAGGUGGGUGACAAGGUGAAAACACUCAAGGUGGGCGACUGGGUGAUUCCAAGAGAUGCUGGUCUAGGUACAUGGAGAACAUCAGCUGUGUUGAAGGCUGAUGAUCUGGUGACUUUGCCCAAAGACGUUCCUCUACUGUCUGCAGCCACUUUAGGAGUGAACCCCUGCACGGCUCUCAGAAUGCUCUCAGACUUUGAGGAGCUCAGACCAGGAGACACAGUCAUCCAGAAUGCCGCUAACAGUGGUGUUGGACAGGCUGUUAUUCAGAUUGCUGCUGCUAAGGGUAUUAAUACCAUCAAUGUCAUCAGAGACAGGUCUGAGCUGCAGCAGUUGUCUGACAGAUUGAAAGCACUGGGCGCCACACAUGUCAUUACAGAGGAGUCAUUAAGACGUCCGGAAAUGAAGGAGCUCUUUAAGUCGUGCCCUCGACCUAAAUUGGCACUGAACGGAGUGGGAGGAAAGAGUGCCACAGAGCUGUUGCGUCAUUUACAAAGUGGAGGUAGUAUGGUGACUUAUGGAGGGAUGGCCAAACAACCAGUCACUGUACCUGUGAGUGCACUUAUCUUUAAAGAUGUGAAAAUAAGAGGCUUCUGGGUGACCCAGUGGAAGAGGGACAACCGACAUGAUGAAGAUGCCUUACGAAACAUGCUGGAUGAGCUCUGCAUCCUUAUUCGUGCUGGGAAACUAUCAGCUCCAGCCUGCACUGAAGUGGACCUUCAAGACUAUAAAAACGCCCUGGAAAAUGCCAUGAAGCCAUACAUUUCCACCAAACAAGUUUUUGUCAUGUGAUCUCAUCCAUAUGCCUCAAGUCAUGUGUUUUCUUGAACUAAUAAACUCUGCAUGAUGACAAUACAGCAACCCCAAGCACACAAACAAUAAAGUCCAACAAACUUUAUCAGCUUAGGUUUUGCUGCCUUCACCAAAACAAAGAUAUUUUUCGGCAUUGUCUUUGAAUUAGUUGACAAUUAUUGCUACUUAAUAUUUGUAACAGCUUCAGUUCAACCAACUGUACUUUUACAGCAUCCACACAGAUAACCAGACGUACAGAAACAUUAGAGGCUGUCAAUUUAUUUCAUCCCAGGGGCAUCUUGUGUUAUGUAUAUCAUAUUGGUGUUGUUUUAUCACAUGGACUCAAUCGAACCCCUGUAAUUGGCAUGAAAUAUUAAAAAUGAUGACACUUUGAAAG